AAACAUUUAUUACCAUGGUUCCUUGUACGCGGUUGGUUGAUUUAAUUAAUGAAUGUUUUUACAUAUGGAACAAAAGAGGUGCUAGCAUAUGUUUUGCGUUAUACAUAUGACCAACAACUGCUUCCUUUACUCAACACACACUCAAGACUGGUUACUUAAAUUCAGAAGAUUUAGAAGGAUGAACCUUUUAAUUGGAGUCUUGCUAAUGUGUAGUUUCACAACUUGCCUUGUUGCUGGUGACUUGUUCCUGAAGUGUUUCAACGUGUACAACCAAGGAGCAGCCAAACCGCAAAAUAUCCAGAACCACUGUUCUACCAUAAUGAAUACCAGUACCUGCCUUGGAGCCAGUCCACAAACGUCAGGACAACUGCUUGAUCACAUGAGAUUUUACCUUUUUGAGCAUGCACUGUUUGACAUCCAUGUUAAUCUGUGUCAUAAGUACGAUUAUAGUCAGUUGAGAAAUGCCGUUUUAGCAACAAGUUUAUAUAAGAAAUACAGCRCAUACUCUGUUGAAAACGCAUGCAUUGAUGAUGACGAUGACAAGAAAUGUGCAAAACUUGUCCAUCUUUUGAGCAAGAAAUAUUAUCUCGACAAGAAAAUAUUAACACCAAAGCAGCUUCUUUGUGAUGAUGCUCGUGACCUGGCUAAGUUUUACAAGUCGACUGCAAAAAAGAUUAACUGCAAAUCCAAUGCUCUUAAGGCUUUCCGUUUAACAAUUAAGAAUAUAGUUCCCAAACUAAACGAGCUGAUCCUCAAGCGCUUGAAACUAACUUGUACUUGAGAUCUCUUGCAAUAUUUACAUUUAUUUAUGUCAGUCGGGUUUUGAAGUUUCAAUAAUCUCCGCAUAAUGGUUCUUUCAUCUGCUAUUGAAAGGUAAUAAUAUUAGUUAACUAAGUCAUGUAUUCAAAUAAAAGUAAGGGAUAAAAAAUGCUCCAUCACUUUUCAAUACCUUGUUUCGAUAUCAAAUAAAUCAGUCACGCUCCUCGUAAUAAGUUUCUCG